UUGGGGCGGCGCUACCGCGCUCGGGUGCGCCGUCGCCAUGGUAACCGCGGGAGCCGGGGACCUGGGGAGCGAUAUUUUUGGAGUUAAUGGAGUCAGAAGGACCCCAAGAGUCAGAGAGUUCAGAAAAAUCAGUGUUUUUCUCACAGAAAGAAGAAGAAGAUGAAGAAGAUGAAGAAGAAGCCAAAGAGCCAGAGGAAACAGGCACCUUGAAUCCCCUCUUACAACCUGCUCUAACAGGAGAUGUAGAAGGUUUGCAGAAGAUUCUUGAGGAUCCUGAGAACCCUCAUCAUGAACAGGCCAUGCAACUACUCUUGGAAGAAGACAUUGUUGGGAGAAAUUUGUUGUAUGCAGCUUGCAUGGCUGGGCAAAGUGAUGUGAUUAGAGCUUUGGCGAAAUAUGGUGUGAAUCUGAAUGAAAAAACCGCCAGAGGUAUUUUGUCUUUUUUCUCUCGUCAGUAUUACCUAUGGUAUUUUCCAAUGUGUGGAGAUAGGUGUACAGUCUUUCAGAGUACUUUUGAUGAAGUACUCCAAGAUAAUCCAAUUCUUCACUCUGAUUUCAUGCUCACCACGAAAUCUUCUCAUUUAGCAGACGAGAUUCCCAACACAUUACAAAAAGCAGAGCAUAUUUUUUGGUCUUUGUCUUAUUAUUGUGCAUUUUGCUGUCCUAUUCUUUCAGAUGCAAGGCUGGAUCUGAAAAAAUAUAUUGCAAAGGUCUCUGCAGCUGUUACAGACUCAGAAAAGGGACCAGGGAAACUCUUUAAGGAAGACAAGAAUACCAUCCUCAAUGCAUGCCGUACAAAAAAUGAGUGGUUGGAAACUCAUUUGGAAGCUUCCAUUAAUGAGAUUUUUGAGCAGAAGCAACAGUUGGAAGAUACUGUGACUCCUAUCUUCACAAAAAUGGCUACACCACAAGUGUUAGAUCUUGAUGGAACCUCUGAAAUGACCUCUUCAUUUUACAAUGAAGAAAGUGAAGACGAGAGGUUAAGCAGUUGA